CUUGCCUUGUCAGUACAGACCUGAAGACUGUUCAGUCUUGCUGCGUUCGCUGAAGAGUGGCAUAUUACAGGCUCGGGUUGCUCGAAAUCGGAACAGAUUUCGCGUUGCGGCGCGGAAACUUCGGAAUAAAAGCUUUGCAAAAGUUUUUCGGAAAAGGACACUUUUUAAUUCUUGAUUGCUAAUACCUAUAGUUUUGCUGUUCUGCCCCUUACUUAUACAUGGAUUUUAUUAUUCUUAAGGUUAACGGUACGGAUGUAAGUAGCUUUCCUCACGAAGAUGCCGUUAGGGCCUUUAUGGCCGCACAAGAGCCCAUAGUAGUGGAAGUUAAGAGACGUACAACUGGGUCUCCUGUUCACUCCAGAGGAGGUUCCAAUUAUGCAUCCACAAGUUGCCAAACCGAUAUUUGUGGCAUACAAUGGAUAGAUGAAAAUACCAUCGACUGUUUCACCCAUGAUAUAGACCUAGAGGAAGUAACUUUAAGAAAAUGUAGCAGUGAUGAAAAGCUGGGACUCACGGUAUGUUACAGUUCCGGUUCAGAAGUGGAUACUUGCACAGAAGUGUACAUUCGUGAUAUUGCACCUCAAAGUGUAGCAGAUCGAGAUGGAAGGCUUAGGCAGGGCGAUCAAAUUCUACAGGUAAACGGAAAGGAUGUGGCUAAUAAAGAAGAAACAGAGUCGCUGUUUGCCGAAAAUAGGAAAGCUGUUACCCUACUUGUGAGCAGAUGUUAUAAUAGGAGUGAAGAAUACUUAGACGUGGAACCUAUCGACUCUUUAACGUCGCCGAAUGGCAAAAGCGCUGCAUACCAAAACAGUUUGAUCGAGCAGUUGGUUCAACAGCAAUCCGAAGCUCAACAUUCCCCAAAAAAUGACAAUCCAGCACCAAAAAUCCCAUCGCAUUUCAUUCCUGACAAACUCAACCUUACAAAUUCGCUGGUACGCUCCAAAAUUGAUUCUAUCAAUCAGGAAAUCUCGCAGCUUGAUUUUCGGAUGCAAAACAUCUCAUUCAAGAGUGAUAAACGCAAAGCUCCCCAGUUGCCACAUAUUCCACCUCCAGAGUCUGAUACAGAGCAUAUCUAUGAAACAAUUCCAGAAAAUUCGGUAAUUGAUGGGGAGAUUGAGCCGAUUUAUUCUUGCCCAUAUGAACCAGGAGAUGAUAACAUGAUUGAACAAUGGCUGAAAGUGCACCAAGAAGAAGUAUGGGUGACAACGCCGGGAAAAGAUGCAAAUAUUGAUGCUGAAGAUAAGGAGGAGAAGAAGGAAUCUGUGAAGAGCAAAUCUAAGGCACCAAAGAGUAACAGCAGUGGAGAAGAGCACGAAAAUAGCUCCAGUGCUUACAAUACGGGGGGUUCUUCGAAUAGCAAUCCGUUGACUUUUGAACUAGCUGCCACUCAGGAUUCCAAACAGAAAAAUAUUUACAGGUCAACACUGAUUCUAUGUCCACUCGAAGAAAAAGAGGAUACACUGAAAGAAAAAGAAGCCAAAACAACUUGCGAGUCGUGCAAGCGGCAGGCCGCAGCUAAAGCCAAAAAAUCAAAAUCUAGUUCCAAAAUUAUUAGUCCCUCUUCACCCACUAGACGAGUUGGCUUAAGUCCGGCGCACAUGUUAUCGGAUACCAUGUAUACCAAUGUGGCAAACUUACAGCAAACUAUGAUGCUUCAGCAACAAUUGUUCAGGCAAGCCUUAGUUGCUCAAAGCUCAGACACGGGAACUGUUAAACCAACAACCAGUUUCACGUCACCGAGCCUUAGCCAAUAUCAGUUUGUAAGCGGAUCUCAGGGAUACCCUACGAUUAACCAAGAGAAAAGCGUUGAAUCCAAAAUGGAAUGGAAAGUAAAGAGACGACCGGACGGAAGCCGAUACAUUGCCAGAAGGCCGGUACGGAACAGGAUAUUGAAGAAUAGGGAAAUUCGAAUUUCAGAAGAACGUGCUGGAUUAACUACUGAAGAUGAUACCAUUUCCGAACUCAAAAUUGGAAGGUAUUGGACCAAAGAAGAACGUAAGAAGCACCUAGAAAAGUCUAAAGAACGGAAGCAACGACAGGAAAUACUGACAGCGUCAAGACACAUUGAUGAAAUCAUCGAAGAACCGAUUAAGUCGAGCUCCAGAAAGGUGGCUAACAAUAUUGAUAACACUGCCAAAAAACAUCGAACAACAAAAUCAAGAACACACAAAGACAAAGAUGGUCAUGAUGUACAAGACGUCAUCAUUCAUGGGCAAAAGCCACCACAGACGAACGGAAAGUUAGUCGGAUUGUUGUCGGUAACUACUGUUUAAUUCUAGCUUUUCAAAUAGUGUAUAUAUAUAUUGUACUGAAAAUACAAUCUUUAAAUGUAAAUAGUUCCUUCAACUAGUUGGCUUUGUCAUUAUAAUUAUCUAAAAUACUUAUAUGAGAUAUUGACGUACUGGACUGUUCUUGCUACCUGUUGAAAAGUUACGUUAUUCAUCUAAAGACAACAAUUUUGCAUUAAUUUAAAAUCUAUUUUACCAUUUCAUGUAUGUCAUUAAACAAGUUAAAUUGUUUAAUAAACAAUAGCUAAUAAUUAGAAAAAUGCUUUGUAAUUGAUCAAAAUAUAAUCUAAACCAAAUUAAAAAAAUUCUGUUAUGUAAAAUAUCUUCUGCUUUUAUGAGUAAAUUUGAAACCAUAAUUUAAUUACCAAUGUGAUGUUCUUCUAUUUGUAGGUGUACAUAUCAGGUAUAUACGAUACGUACGAGUAAACUCCUAGAUAGACAAUUUUCAUAUAGUAGCAUACAUUUAUAAUUGGACAAUGCACAUAUUUUUUUGUAAUAUAGGGUUUUUCUAUUAGGAACUGAAGGUUCCGGGUUAUAAUUUUUAUAUGAUAAUACUUGAAUGUGUUGGCUUCAGCUCUACCCAGAUAAUCCUCUAGUUUCUAGUUUUAGCGGUUCAAACCAAAUAUACGUUUAAUUUUGUGAGGAUUUCUUUGGUCUCAAGUGGUAUCCUAUGGUUAAGGCGGACCUACACAGGGCAUUGGUUUUUUUCAAUGGAAAACAGUUGAUGUCUAUAUGCAUAUACUUAACGUAAGUAAGUAAUAUCAUUUAAGCGAUAAACCGUAUUUAUUACUAAACUUAACCAAAACGCUUCUGAAUGUUUUCCAAAACAGUUGAUAGAAGAAGAUAUAUAUACCCACUGCAAAUUUAUUCAAAUAAGAAGUAUAUGUGAUAUUUAUUUAAAAAGCAAAGAACCGGCUUUGUAGACAGAGCGAACGUUCAUCAAUGUAUAUCAUUGUAUUGUAUUGGCGUACGCAAAUAUUUAAUUUUUGCUUUUAGCAAGCACUGGUAUUUAAUGAAAAUCUAGCUCCACCUAGUUGUAUAAUCAGUGUCGAAUGAAAUAAAGAUAUUAUCGACAA